UUACAUGUUACGACUUCUUAAGAUUAAUUUUCAUUAUUUUGCGCUCUAUUAUACAGAUUCUCAACAGGCUAAAAAUCCUUAAUUUCAGUCAUUCUCAGAACCUUGUUAAAACACCAAACUUGCACAGUUCAAGUCUAGAGAAACUAAUUCUGGAAGGUUGCUCGAGUUUAGUUGAGGUGCAUCAAUCAAUUGGACAUUCGACGAGCCUCGUUUUCUUGAAUCUGGAGGGAUGUUGGAGUCUGAAGACUCUCCCUGAAAGCAUUGGCAAUGUAAAGUCUCUUGAAACUCUGAAUAUUUCUGGGUGUUCACAACUUGAGAAAUUGCCAGAACGCAUGGGUGAUAUGGAAUCCUUAACUGAGCUGCUAGCCGAUGGGAUUGAAAAUGAGCAAUUUCUCUCUUCAAUUGGACAAUUAAAGCAUGUCAGAAGGUUAUCAUUGUGUCGAAACCGUUCGGCUCCACCAAGUUCUUCUUUGAUUUCAGCAGGUGUUUUGAAUUGGAAACGGUGGCCGCCAACAUCUUUCAUUGAAUGGAUAUCAGUGAAACGUCUUGAGCUUUCUAAUGGUGGUUUGUCUGAUCGCGCAACUAACUGUGUUGAUUUUAGGGGUUUGUCCGCUCUAGAGCAUUUGGAUCUAGAUGGAAACAAAUUCUCUAGCCUUCCUUCUGGGCUCGGCUUCCUUCCCAAGCUAAGGUGGUUGUCUGUUCAGGCAUGCAAAUAUCUUGUAUCAAUCCCAGAUCUUCCCUCAAGUUUAGACUUUUUGUUUGCAGCUCAUUGCAAAUCAUUGAAAAGAGUAAGAAUACCAAGCGAGCCAAAAAAAGAACUAUAUAUAGGACUAGAGAACAGUCAUUCGUUAGAAGAGAUUCAGGGCAUCGAAGGUCUAAGUAAUAGUUUCUGGUAUAUUCGUGUUGAUAAGCACAAUAAUUCACCAAAUAAAUUACCGAAAAACGUUAUUGAGGUACUAUUUCUUUCAGUCUCUCUUGCACAAAAAGUAAACACACAAUUAGCACAUGCAUCGAUAUUUAUUAUAUGUCAUCGAUAUUGAAUAAUGAUUUAUUUUCUAGCAUAAAUUAUGUUUGAAAUAAAAUUGAUAAAAAACAUGAAUACACAAUUAUUGAUGGGAUGGUAUAUAAAAAUAAUUAAAUUGAAAUUUUUUAAUUAUUUUUAAACAUAUCAUGGUUUUAGGUACAUC